CGCCUUUCGAAGCAUUGCAAUCUUACUGUCAGUCCCGGUUUAUCACUUAAAUGCUCCUCUCCCGCACGUUGGUAGGCUGUGGUCGCAAAGGCCGCGUAUUAGGGCAGGUCCGCACGGGAAGAGCACCCACUAAGGAGGUCCUCCGUAGCACCCUAUACGUGGUCCUUGGCCGGGGGAAGGCCGUGCUCGGGGCACACGUCGCUAGGCUCACGUCCUUAGGCCUCUUGACCACCUUCAGGAGUUUUAGCGCUGCCACCAUGGGUGUAAAGGAGCAGGUGGACUCGGUGAUCAAGUCGGAGGAGGACUUGCGCAAGUAUCGAGCUCUUGUGCUGGAGAAUAACCUCAAGGUUCUGCUGAUUUCUGACCCAAAUACGGACAAGUCUGCAGCCGCCCUAGAUGUUCAUAUUGGAAGUAUGUCAGAUCCAAGAGAACUCCCUGGGUUGGCCCAUUUUUGCGAACACAUGCUUUUCAUGGGCACAGAAAAAUAUCCCUGUGAAAAUGAGUACAACAAAUACCUAGCAGAGCAUGGGGGAUCCAGUAAUGCCUACACAGCAGCUGACCACACCAACUAUUACUUUGAUGUAGCUCCUGAGGCGUUCUCUGGAGCCUUAGACAGAUUUGCACAGUUCUUUCUGACACCACUGUUUACUGAAAGUGCAGUGGAUCGUGAGGUGAAUGCAGUUAAUUCUGAACAUGAAAAAAAUUUACAAAAUGAUUACUGGAGGUUAACACAGCUUGAAAAGGCAACUGCUGAUCCAACUCAUGACUUCAGCAAGUUUAACACCGGAAACAAGGAAACGUUGGAUAUAAUUCCUAAAGAGAAAGGGGUAAAUGUCCGAGAUGCUCUGCUAGAAUUUCACAAAAAAUGGUACUCUUCGAACAUCAUGGCCUUAGCUAUCCUGGGCAAAGAGAGUUUAGAAGAGCUGCAAACAAUGGUGCUGGAAUUAUUUUCUGAGGUUGAGAAUAAAAAUGUGACGGUACCUGAGUGGAAGAGCCACCCCUUUGGCCCCGAACAGUGUCGUAAAUAUGGGCAGGUUGUGCCUGUGAAGGAUAUUCGGAACUUGUAUAUCACUUUUCCGAUCCCUGAUCUUCAUCCUCAUUAUAAGACCGCUCCUGGCCACUAUUUGGGGCAUCUCAUCGGGCAUGAAGGUCCAGGGUCAUUGCUCUCCUAUCUUAAGGGUUGUGGAUGGGUGAACUCUCUUGUUGGUGGUCAGAAAUCUGGUGCUAAGGGCUUUGCCUUCUUUGUGGUCAAUGUUGAUCUCACUGAAGAAGGGAUUGAGCAUGUGCAAGAUAUUGUGACAGCUGUUUUCCAGUACCUGAACUUGCUGAGAAGAGAAGGUUCUCAGGAGUGGGUGUUUGAAGAGUGUAAAGACCUCAGUGCCAUGACAUUCCGCUUUAAGGAUAAGGAGCGUCCCCAGAGUUACACUUGUGCUCUUGCUGAACAGCUGCAUUAUUACCCACUGGAAGAGGUGCUGUGUGGUGGAUACCUGUUGAGUGAAUACCAGCCACAUCUUAUUGACAUGGUUCUAACUCAUCUUCAGCCUACCAAUAUUCGAAUUGCUGUGGUAGGGAAAGCUCUAGCAGAGAAGGCAACGGAUGUUGAGAAAUGGUAUGGGACACAGUACAAGAUGGAUAACAUUGAGCAUGAACAACUUGAACAGUGGGAAAAAGCUGGGUUCAAUGAGUUGUUGAAGCUACCGACCAAAAAUGAGUUUGUUCCUACAAACUUUGAGUUGUUCACAGAUGAAAAGAAUGGAAAGACUUUGCCAGAGAUGAUUAGUGAGUCUCCCUUGGCCAGAAUUUGGUUCAAGCAAGAUGACGAAUUCAAGCUGCCAAAAUCUGUUGUGUAUGCAGAACUUUUUAGUCCUUUGGCUUACCUGGACCCUCACCACACCAACCUACUGCACAUGUUUGCACAACUGUUUCGGGAUGCACUCACCGAAUACACUUAUGCUGCUGAGUUGGCUGGACUUGUCUAUUCCUUGUCCAAUACUAAGUAUGGUCUUACCCUGAAUGUCAAGGGUUACAAUGACAAACAACAUGUACUGCUUGAGAAAAUCAUGGAACGCAUGACUACAUUCACUGUUGAUCCGAAGCGUUUUGAGAUUCUUAAAGAUGCUUAUGUCCGUGCCUUACGUAACUUCAGAGCAGAUCAACCACAUCAACAUGUUGUGUUUUAUACAUCCUUAUUGCUGGCAGAACAUGGUUGGACAAAAGAGGAGCUUUUGAAUGCCACUUCAGAGUUGACAGUGGAGGCUCUGGAGGCCUUCAUCCCAAGGUUCCUUUCAAAUCUCCAUAUAGAAAUGUUAGUGCACGGAAAUGCAACAAGAGAUGCCGCAAUGCGCAUGUCUUCUAUCAUCCAAAAACACCUGACUGACAAGGCACACACCAAACCUCUCCUAAAUUCCCAAUUGACUCGGCAGAGAGAGUACCAGUUGAAGGAUGGCAACAGCUUAGUGUAUAAGGCUGAGAAUGCUGUCCAUCGUGAUUCGGCUAUUGAAACCUUUUUCCAGUGCGGCAUGCAGGGAACACACCCAAAUAUGUUGCUGGAAUUACUCUGUCAAAUCUUUGCUGAGCCUGCAUUUGAUGAGCUAAGAACCAAGGAACAACUGGGCUACAUUGUGUGGUGUGGUGUCCGAAGGGCUAAUGGAACCCAGGGCCUAAGGAUCAUAGUCCAAGGUGACCGUCACCCACAGUACUUAGACUCCAGGAUAGAGGCCUUCCUUCACAAAAUGGGUGAACGCUUGGAGAGCAUCUCAGACGAGGAAUUCAUGCGUCACAGAGAUGCUUUAGCCAGCCGCCGUUUAGAGAGACCAAAGAAGCUGGCACAUCUGACGUCCAUCUGGUGGGCUGAGAUCACCUCCAAUCAGUACAACUUUGACCGAGACACGAUUGAGGUGGCGCACCUGAAGACACUUACCAAACAAAAUAUUGUUGAUUUCUACAAGGCUUGUAUUGCAAGUUACGCCGAAGAGAGGAAGAAGCUGUCAGUGCAAGUCGUGUCGGUUUCCCCCGGAGGAGCAGGGGAUGUUGAGCGCACCGGCCAGCCGUCCACCCAGCCAGAUGACGGACUCUCGCAGCCUCCGCCUCUCACAGAGGCUGAGAACAUCACAGAUAUAUCGGAGUUCAAGCAGGGCCUCCCACUCUAUCCCCUCAUGAGACCCUUCACGCCUCUCUCAAAGACCUCAAAGUCCAAACUGUAAUAGCUAAUUUAAUUUUUAAAUAGAACCUCUUUGUUUCUAUCAAGUUAAUCACUUUCUCUACGUAUUGUACUCAGAGAACUAUGAAAUAAAUCAUAAAAUUGAUUGUUUGUUUGAUAUAUCCAGAUUCAUAGGUAUUUAUGGAUGCAGCUUCAUGUUUUUUGCACCCAUUAGAUUAUUGUUUGUUUCCACUAUACUGUUAUUUAGAUAAAAAAGGUGUUUGAUAUUUAUGGAUACAUUUCGUACCUUCUUUUCUAUAUGUAUUUUUUGGAAGGAGUAGUUGUUUUGGGGAAGUCACAAAUCCUGCAGCCAUGACACUUUUCUCGUCUCCUAUCUGUUUUUUUAAGAACUGUUAAGAGAAUGUUAUCUGUCAUUACGUUUUAUAUGUAUAGUUGGAAAUUUUAUUUUCUCCCGAAUCCCAAUUAGAUAUGUAAAUAGAAGCUUCUUUUAUGAUGGGUUUAUAUAUUUUUAUAUUAGAAAUGUUUAUGUUAUUUUGAUGGUCAGAAUUAUUUUCAAAAUGUUGUUCCUCAUAGCAGACUGUAAUUGGAAUAUUGAAAAUAAACAUAAAAA